AUGCACAUGUGGGGGCAUGGGUCGCAGUAUCGAAGAGGGCCAGAGUCACUGAAAGGAACACAGCCUCGAGCCAUGUUAAGCAUCCCAUGCUAUUGCUGUGCAGAAGGUUGCAAAAACAACAUAGACCACCCAAGAGCAAAGCCUCUAAAGGACUUUCGGACCCUUCAAACACACUACAAGAGGAAGCAUGGCAUGAAGCCCUUCAUGUGUCGCAAGUGUGGGAAGCUGCUGGCAGUGAAAGGAGACUGGAGAACACAUGAGAAGAAUUGUGGCAAGCGCUGGCUUUGCAUUUGUGGUUCGGAUUUUAAGCACAAGAGAUCACUCAAAGACCAUAUCAAGGCUUUUGGCCAUGGCCAUAGACCUUUUCCACCUAAUUCUUUUGAUGAAGUCAGGGAUCUUGAUGAGGAUACUAGUACCACACCAUCGUUGUUUAAAGGCAUGUCAAGUGACACAACCUCUUAA